CUCUUCCGACUGCUGCAUCAUCAGCAUCUCCCGCUAAGCCGGUCAGGACUGGGGGAGGAGGUGGAGGGAGGGAGGGAGUCAGCCUCAGAGAAGAAGGCGGGCAGCGAACGACACCCCCUCCCCGCACCUCCUGGCUCUCCACUCGGAACGAUCUGGGCAGUUCAGCCGGGGCGCUUCGGGUGACCUUGGGGAGACCCCUCUGCGCGACCUCUCUGAGGAGGGCUGCACAGUUUCUGCCCAUCCUAGGCGCUCGGGGGCGCUCCUCUGGCUGGAGUUGAUGCGCGGGACUUGGGAGGAGAGGAGCGCUCCUGGCGCAGGGGCCGGAGCAGCGGGCGCACGGCGGCCUUUUGGAGACGCCGGGAACAACCAUGCUCCGAGUCUCCCCGGAGCUGCCGGGCGCUGUCAGCUGGAUCCCGCGGGAGGCGGGUCUGCACGCAGGAGCGCUUGCCCUGGGGACCUUUCCCGCCCCGGCAGGAGCGCUCCCGCCGCCCAGCCACUGCCUGAGGGGACCAAGCGCCACCACGCGAGGGGGCGGCGCCCCCGUGCCGAGAGCCAGGCUGGGCGCCGGGGCUGUAUGGUGCCGGUUGUGGCUCCCACUGCCCGGCAUCGCAUCCCCCGGCAGACGGCGGCCCAGAGCCCAGAACCAGCCCAGGAGCCCCCUACCCGCCCCAAGAUCCGGCCACGGCGGCCCCAGCCAACAACCUGCCAAUGCACCCCUUACCCUGGCAUCGCCUCCGGAAGAACGCCCCCACCCCAGCCCGACUCCUCGGCCCUGAGCUCCUGGUACCCGCCUUUCCAGUUUCCCCUUAACCCUCAAUUAUCUUCUGCCGACCGCCCUUCCCCAAAGCGCCCAGCAAACCCCUGGCCAGACCCUCGGAGGCUGGGACAACCUCCCCGCCGCGAUCCUUAUCCCUACUCUGUCAAGCCGCAGAGCGCAGGGAGGCAGGCGGCGCCGCCGGGGAACUCACCCGCUCUCCCGAGCCCUGCCCCGGGCGGCUCCCGGCCCUGGCUCCGUCUGUCUGUCCCUGAGCCGCAGCUGCCGGUGCGGCGACAGAAGCCUGCUCUGCUCCGCCGCGAGCCUCCGCACCGCCCCUCGGCUCCUCCCCCAAGGCGGGGCCUGAGCUCGAGGGAAGGGGGUGCGCACGCUCGACUAGACCUGGCGAGCGACUGA